CCAGCGAGUGAGCAGUGCUUUCCACAGUGUGUUGUUCACCGACACAGGCAUACAGUGUAUGCCAUACACACAGCGACUGUAUGCGAGUGUUAUGUUCACCACAAGCAUCGCUCACAUACACCAGUGUUUCAUAGACAACAUCCUCCGCCACCUAUACCUGAGGUAUGUUUAACCGAAACGUACAGCAGGGCUACCAUCAACCCCCGGGUAUGGGCCCCCCUGUGCCACAGCAACAGCAGCAGCAGCGCCCACCUAACAGCGCCUACAACAGCAUCGCGAACAGUGUACCGCCGAUGACUCAAAACAAUGCCAGUGCUAAUAAUGGCAACAAUAGUGGUGUUCGGUACCCUGGUCAGCCCGUGUCGGGGCCCACGCCCACUCUGAAUCAGCUGCUCCAGUCGCCCAACACUAUACAGAGGUAUCACAACCAUUACGACUACCCGGGCGCCGGACAACAGCCGCCUAAUAAGGACCACAAUCUCGCGCAACAACACAACCAACCCAUACAUAGCUAUAGGAAUCAAUCGGCCAUCGCUAGUGUGUGUGUGUGUGGUGUCUGUGCGGGCCAUGCGCGACUCCACACACUCACCACUAUUGUCAUGACAUCCAAUGCAUCCAAUACUCAAAUUAAAUAUCAAUUAUUAGGCGCUCUCUCCCUCUCAUCCGACUGUUUUGUCAAUACACAGACCACUCCGUCCAUGCCGUCCACCAUAAGACAUACUGAUCCAGUGGUGAUCAUGAGCACACACUCUACCAGUGCUAUAGCUAUGUUAGCUAUGCUCAGGCUGUACGAACACUCUCUACUUAUACAUAGAGAAUCCGUAUCACAACAACAGCAACACAACUCGACCCUCAAUAUGGACGAGUCGUCCAACUCGUCGGAAAGGAGUACACCGACGGGCAAACCCACGACACCCGGCCCCCCAUUAGGCCCGCAGGUGGUGCGCGUACAGAAUCAUCAGCAGCACCCGGGCAUGUCUCCCGGCUAUGGUGGUGGGCCACAGCCGCUGCCACCACAGCAGCCUAAUAACACGUACGGAGCGCCCGGUGGUGCUGGUGGACCACCGCCUCAGCAGCAGCCGUACGGCAAUCACCAGCCCUACGGUCUCAACAAUAAUAUGAUGCCUCCGCCCACGUGCUACCCGACCAAAGGGGCGCCCAUACCGUCGACGUCCCCCAACGGGGCUCAGGCGGCCGCGCAGGCGGCUGUGAUCGCCGCCGAGAGGUCGGCCGUAUUCGCGCCCCGAGCGCCACCGCCCUCACCGCACGCCUCCGUGUAUCUGAGGCAACACCUCCAGCAGCGCAUGUAUCAGCCCAACAACCACUUCGCACCGCACGGCGCGCCACCUAUGGGCCCGGGAGGUGGACCUAUGAUGCACGGGCCGCCCGGCGCGCCUAUGGGUCACGGCAUGCCCGGCAACGACACGAUGGGACCGGAGGGUAGAGAGGGGCUGCCUAACUCGGGCUACCCCAUGGGCGCCGGUGGUCCGCAACAACACGUGACAGUACCGCCCGGCGACGGCGGCCCCUCAGCCGCUACGUCCGUCACGCAGAGCAUCACAUCGCCGCUGUCGGCCACACCGUCGCUGUCCAACAGUAUAGCCGAUGUGCGGGCGUCAGGACCCCAACCGCCCGCCAUAUUGGACGAGGCGAGUCAGGCCUCCACCACGUCGUCGCAGGCGGAGGACAGCUCCGACACCCCGACGCCCAAACACAACUCGAAACAUACGCCCGGUCUCUCGCACCCGCCCACACCCAACACGUUGGGCUCGCCCGGGGCGGCCAGUCUGUCCUCCUUUCACGACGAGUUCGAGUCGAUGUCGAGCCCGAGUUGGCCGCGCACUCCCGCUAGUCCUGUCGUCAACAGUCAAGGCUAUGACUCGCACAGUGGGCACAACGUUAAGCGACCGGACGGCCUCAUGAAGCUGUACGACAUGUCCGACGAGCCCGAGCGACGGGCCUUUCUCGACAAACUCAUCCAAUACCAGGACGAGAGGGGAACGCCGAUCUCGCAGUGCCCGACAAUCAGCAAACUCCCGCUCGACCUGUUCCGGCUGUAUAUGGCCGUCAAGGAGAGGGGCGGUUUCCUGGAGGUGACCCGGGGUAAGCUCUGGAAGGACUGCACGCACGUCUGCAAUAUCGCCACCUCGUCGAGCGCCGCCUACACGCUCCGCAAGCAAUACAUGAAACACUUGUUGCCCUUUGAGUGCAAGUACGACAGGGGAGGCGUCGAUCCGGCGCCCCUUCUCGCCUCACUCGACAGCGCCAACAGAAAGAACAAGAAGAACGCAGUGCCGCCGCCACCGCCGGCGCCCGAACCGCAGCCAUUCCAGUCGCAUCCCGGUGCUCCCAACAUGGAUGGCUACGGGCCCGGGCCGGGAGCCUACCCGCCGCAGCAGCCGUUUCCACCGCCGCCCCAGAACUCGAUGCCCAACUCGGAUUACCCGCCACACCAUCCCGCGCAUCAACAGGGCUAUCCCGGGCACCCGCCGCCCGGCCAUCAACAGCCGGUGCCAAACUCUGACGGCUACCCUCCCCAGCAUCAGCCACCGCAUCAACAAUCACCGUAUCCCCAACAUCCGGGUGGUCCACCGCCCCCACCAAACUCAAUGUCAAACUCGGAUUACCCGCCACACCAUCCCGCGCAUCAACAGUCGGGUUAUCCCGGGCACCCACCCGGCCAUCCGCCGCCGCCAAACUCAAUGUCUAACUCUGAAUACCCGCCACAACAACAACAACAGCAUCCGCCACAUCAACAGCCGGGCGGUGGUUAUCCGCCACACCCUUCGGGCCCGCAGUCACACAACAUGAGCGGUCAGACGCCGGCGUCGCUGCAGGCGUUGGCCAACCAUAACGAGAGUAUUAGCGUAAAGGAUCCGUUCGCCGACGACUUGCAGCACCAGUCGGGCGGCUAUCCGUCCCGUGGCGGAGGCGGCGGCGUCGCCGGUGCUCCGCACCCGCAACGGCCGCCCUCGCAAUCCGGCCCCCAGUCGGGCCCGCAAUCGCAAUCCGGUUCGACACCAGCGCCGCAAUCAAACGAAUACAAUAUUGCGGCCCAACCGACUACCCAACCCUCGCACCCGGUGCCGCAAAACCAUUUCGGCGGCGUCUAUAACGAGCCUUACGGUCGGCAAAGCGCCGGCCCCGGGGGACAAGCGGCUGAUCCCUACUCUGUGCCGCCGCCUCAGCAGCAGCAGCAACCCCAGGGAUACCCGCCUUCUCGUAUGGCGCACCCGCCGCCUCAGACGCCGUAUUAUAAUCAACAACAACAACAACAACAGAGUUACGACACUCACCGCUCAGACAAUCGCUUCGAACCGCACGGCCGGCCCCCGUCUCAAGAGUCAAUGUACGGCCAACAGCCGCCUCAGCCACCGGUUUCGCAGCACCAGCCGCCGCCCCACGGCCCUCGAGGCCAGUACCCAAUGGCCGGCAACCAACCGGCGCCCCCUCAUCCCUCAAACACGCCGCCAUCUUCCACACCAAACUACACGAGGAGUGGCGGCGAGUCGUCGCCCAUCGGUCAGUACGGCGGAGUGGGAGCCGGAGGAAUGGGUGCUUAUAACUCCACUCCAGACGGUUUUAAGUCCAAUCAAGAUUAUCAGAACUACUCGAGCUCACAGCCCCUGUACUCGAACGCCACGUCAGGGCAACCGCUGGGGCCCAUGUCGGCGCCCAAGUCGAUACCCGGCACCGGUGCCAACGCCACGGCCCCGCCGGGCGUAUUGCAGACCCAGACGGGCACAACGUGGCAUCCCGGCGCCGCCGGCAACCAGUUCGCUCAGAAACGGCACCCGGACUUCAUGAAACAAGAGCAACACUUCCAGCCCGUGAACAACGCGUACGGCAGUCAACCACCGCCUCAGCAGCCGAUGCCACCCACGGGUCAGUUCCCGCCGUACGCGGCGCCGCCGAGUCGACAGCAACCGCCAAACCAGCCCUCGAGUCAGCCGCUGCCCUGGAGUCGUGAUAACCAGUAUCGAGCUUACGGUCCGCCCGUUCCCCAGCAGCACAUGCCUCCCAACUCGACGCCCGGCGCGCCGCCGUUCAGCGGAGGGCCGCCGCCUAUGUCGCAGAUGCGCGGCGGCGACGGCUGGGACCACAUGUCGCGCGUCGACAACAACGGCCCCAAUUGGUCGCACAACCGGUUUAACCCGUCGCAGCAGUCGGUGCCACAGCCCCCUCACGAACUGUACGCCGGGCCCACGCCCUACGGCGGCGGUCAUCAGAUCAAUAAAAUGUCAAACUUUGGUCCGCGCGGCGAUCCGAGCCGUCAGUUCAUGUCAAACAUGCCGAACGCCAACAAAGUGCCGCCGCAUAUGAUGCCACCGCAGCACCAGUCGAUGGGCGGUGUCGGACAGUCGCCAUACUCGCACCCACCACAACCGCCGCCCCACCAUCCCAUGUAUCAUCAAAUCAAGAAAGAGAUUAUAUUCCCGCCCGACUCGGUGGAGGCCACCGCGCCCACCAUGAGUAAGAGGCGGCGCCUGUGCUCCAGGGACUUGAGUUCGGUGGAGGCGUGGCGGCUGAUUAUGUGUCUCAAGUCGGGCCUCCUGGCCGAGAGCACGUGGGCUCUCGAUAUUCUCAGUGUUCUGCUCCACGACGACUCCACGAUCCUCUACUUCGGCCUCCAGCACAUGCCCGGCAUGUUGGAGGUGCUGCUCGAGCACUACAAGCGCUACUUAAGCGAGAUAUUCGACGGCCUGUUCGACGACACGGAGAUUGGGUUCGAGUCGACCACGACCGGCGAUAAGGAAGCCGAGGCCGAGGAGACGGCGACCGCCGCCAAGAAUAGGACGAGUAGUAAAUUGUGGUACGAAUUGACGCGUGAUUUAAGCGAUAGCGACGAUGAGGGGAAGGGAGAUGAGGACGAGGAGAGGUGUACGACGCCGCCCGUCCAGCGCGACAUUCCCCCCGACGACCAGUUGGUGCUCUUGAAUACCACGAACUUUACGUUUAAGUCGCGCAAUGGAAAGCCCGUGAGGAUUAAAAACGGAAAGUCUCUGUUCAUCGACGAUCCGGACAAGAAGUGGGAUCAGAUGCGCAAUGGGUUCACCGGUGGCGUCGGGCACUGGAGUGUGGGUAACGGCGAGCGGACGGACCACAUCCAGACGUACUUCGAGUCGGACGAGAAUUUUUGCCGAUUCGUGAGAGUCAUGAGAAAGUGUCGGAAAAGGAAUCGGAACUCGAGUUUCAGUUGGAAAAUGACGGCCGAAGACCGGAAUUGUCAGAAGUCGGGCGACGAUCUAUCGGUGGCCACAAGUGGUGCGAAAAAUAAUUUAUUAAACGACUCGCGAGUGAAAGUGGAGAUCAAAGUGGAGCGCAGCUUCGACUUGAAUGAUAAUCAUGUGGUCAACAAUACGUCUUCGGACAAAGAGAGCGUGAAAUCCGAUGACAGUCUACUGUUCCCGAGAGUUCGCGACUCGGAUUUGGAGAGAUUUAACAAACGGAAGGACAGAGAGGAGUACGAGGACGAGUCGUACGACAUGGACGAGCCGGCCGUGCAGACCGGCUACGACUAUCAGGACUCGCUCACCAGGAGGUGUCUGUGUUUGUCGACACUCCUGAGGAACUUGUCGUUCGUGCCGGGAAACGACGAAAACAUGUCGAAACACUCGGGACUCCUACUGGUGCUGUCGCGGCUCCUACUCCUACACCACUCGCACACGUCGAAGAAACGCCAUUUCGAGCGCUCCAUCGAAGAGGAGCUGUUCGCCAGCGAAGACCGCGAGAAGAACGAGAAGAUUGUGGAGAAGGAGUGGUGGUGGGAUGUGCUGCACACCAUACGCGAGAACACGCUGGUGACCAUCGCCAACCUCAGCGGUCAGUUGGAUCUGUCGCCCUAUUCCGAGCACAUAAGCCUACCUUUCCUGGACGGCCUACUUCACUGGGCGGUGUGCCCCUCGUCCUACGCUCAGGACACCCUCCCGUUCGCCAACUACUAUCUCUCGCCGCAACGGCUGGCCUUCGAGUCGCUCUCGAAGCUGUCGAUACUCGACUCGAAUGUGGACCUAAUGCUGGCCACACCUCCGUGGAGUCGGAUCGACAAACUCUACCAAAACCUGGCGCGAAGUCUCAGCCGACACGAGGAUCAGACGAUACGAGAGUUUUCGGUCGUCCUGUUGUCGAACCUGUCGUCCGCCGACUCCUCAUCUGCCCGUGCGAUCGCACUGACCGGCUGUGCCAUACCGUUGCUGAUAUCGUUCGUGGAACAGGCGGAACAGUCGGCCCUCCAGGUGGCCAACGCCCAGGGUAUCAACGCGUUGCGCGAGAAUCCCGAGCUCAUGGGAACGACACUCGAUAUGGUCCGCCGGUCGGCAUCGACGUUACGGUGUCUGUCGAGAGUGCCGGACAACAGGCAACUGUUCCUCCAGUUCCAGCAGAGACUGUUAGCGCUGGUGAUGUCGCAGAUAUUAGACCAGGGAGUGGCCGGCAUUAUAGCCGAUGUGAUCUACGAGUGCUCCUUAGCCCGCGUGUCAUACAAUUGUGAGCCGACCAGUGAUGAGACUGUGAAUAAUACCAACCACAACAACAACAACAACGAGACUUCCUCUUCAGUGACGACGACUGACCACAAAAGCGACAAUAAGGCAAACAACGAGUGCAACGACGCCCACAGCGUGGAGAGCGGCAGCAGUUCCGGUGAUGAGAACAACGGCUCGACCGCCACAGCCGACAAACCCGCGCCGCCAUCCGAAAGGGAUACCAAUGACUGCGGCGCCGGUGGCGACGAUCUGGACAAUGAUAACGACAACGAGACGGCGAGCACCGACUCGAGCUCGACGGCCAACACGUGACGGACGGGGAGGGCAUGUUUGUGUCUCUCUGUCCGGUCGUCCCCCCCGUGUGCGUGAAUACCGCACUCUAAAUGACAAUUAGUUUUCUUAAGUUAUUUUGUUGUGAAAUAAUAAAAAACUCAAAUACUUCUAGUGAUUGCGUGCAUUAAAAACAAAAACUAAUCAUUACUUCUUCUGUAUCAUCUGGUGGUGUGUGUGUCUCAGACCCGAAGCGGACACACCAUAAGCCUCUCCAUACCAUACAUCACAAGACAAGGUGUUGUGGUGUCGAUACAAAUCGCUUAUUAUUAAUAAUUUUUACUCAUAAAACUCCAAACACUUCGUCGCCGUCGACAUCACGACAUGAAAACAACCGAUCAAUUGGUGGCACAAAGACUUCUUCGUGUGAAUCAAAAUUAUGUGCGACUCCUGCGGGUGCGCGCGGCCACCAAAUGGUGCGCCCAUUCAAUAGUGAAACUCAUUAUAAAUCACAUUUAAAACAAAAAUUGUUUGAAAAAAAUCUUUUUUGUUCAUUCAUUCAUACAAAACUCAAGUGACUCCGAUGAUUUUUCAUUAAAUACCAAUGUUCAUGAGCAUAAUUUGUUAGCAAACUAAUUGAUAUUGAAUUAUAAUUGCUGAUUCGGGUUAUCGGAUUAUAAUUAUAUAUAUAUAUACAUAUGUGUAUAAUAAAAGUGAUGAUAAUAUAUAGAUAUAUAUACGGUGUAUAUGUAUUGCGACCGAUAAUAAUAAGUCGACCGAUUGCCGUGGGCUUAGUGUACAGAAUCGGAUAUAAAAUCUUGUCCACUGGAAUCGGUGGAUCAGCUGCUGAUGGUGUCACUCACCAGGCAUUCAAUUGACUACAAGAAAUAGAUUUGUUUUUUUCCAUUAGAAAUUCAUCGAUGAAAUACUGAAUGCAAGACUUGACUUCUUUCUAGUAAUUAUUAAUUGAAUGAUUGAAUUAAUUAUAUAUAAAAUAAAUUUUUUUCUCGAUUCGACUGUGAUUUUUCUGUUUACUAAUUACUCCGGACUCUUAUCAUGAGAUUUAUAAUUGACUUCUUCAGGACACGAGUGACAAAACAAAUCAUUUUUUCAAAUUUUCAAAUAACUUUUAAAAUCAUGUCUUUUGUUGUAAACGCAUAGAGAG